AAAGAGGGUGAGGAAUAACUCUUUUUUUUUGCAGGUUGUUUGUAAUCUAGUGCUGGUCCUUUAUUUUUUUGCCCCAAUAUUUUUCACCAUCAGCAGUUUAGCACCGUCGUUCACUCAUAGCUCAGAGCUCGCCAUCAAGAUCCCCGCAAACCCAUCUCUCUCAAUCACUAAAGUCAAUCCAAUACGAUUCAUUUGACCAUUACCCAUCUCUUCAUCUUGCUUCAAAACCCAAAAUUUAGCGGUCUUUAUUGAUCCAUACCCAUCGAUAUAUCUUUGUUUCCCAUCUAAUCUCAAGAAGUACAGUGAAAAAAAGACUUGAUUUUGAUGCACAUCCAUCUCUCUACUUUCUACCUAUACCUCAAAUUUAGCUGAAAGGUUUGAACUUGGGAUUUGAUUUGCACCACCAUAUGCCCCAUCAUCAAAAACAAGGAGCAGCUUCAACAUUGGUAGUGUUGUUGGGAUUAUUAUCAUGGGAGCAGAGAAAAGAUGGCUUUUCACUCUCUUCUCCUCAGCAUUUCUUUCAUUACUAUUUCUCUUGGUCUAUUCAAUCUCUGCUUUCAGUUCCUCUAAACAGUUCCCUUCUAUAAUUCACCAUGGAAUCCACCACCCUCCUGCUUUUGCCUAUUAUAUCUCAGGUGGAAGGGGUGAUAAGGAUCGGAUCCUUAGGUUAUUGCUGGCAGUUUAUCACCCAAGAAACCGUUAUUUAUUGCAUUUGGGUGCCGAGGCAUCUGACAAGGAGAGAAUGAAGCUUAUUGGGGCUGUAAAUGCGGUGCCUGCGAUUAGGAGUUUUGGGAAUGUGGACGUUGUUGGGAAACCUGGCAGACUUACCUACAUGGGUUCUUCUAACCUGGCCGCGAUUUUGCGUGCUGCUGCCAUUUUGUUGAGGAUGGAUGCUGGGUGGACGUGGUUUGUGUCUUUGAGUGCAGUGGAUUAUCCGUUGGUAACUCAGGAUGACUUGUCCCAUGUUUUCUCCUCUGUUAGCAGAGACCUCAAUUUCAUAGAUCACACCAGUGACCUUGGGUGGAAAGAAUCUCAAAGAAUUCAGCCUAUUGUAGUUGACCCAGGGAUUUACCUAGCCAGGAGGAGCCAGAUAUUUCAUGCUACAGAGAAGCGGCCAACUCCUGAUGGUUUCAAAGUAUUCACAGGUUCCCCGUGGGUGAUCUUGAGCAGGUCAUUUCUUGAAUUUUGUGUUCUUGGUUGGGAUAAUCUUCCUCGAACCCUUCUUAUGUACUUCAACAAUGUGGUCUUAUCUGAAGAAAGCUAUUUCCACUCUGUCAUUUGCAAUGCACCAGAGUUUAAGAACACAACUUUAAACAGUGAUCUAAGGUAUAUGGUCUGGGACAAUCCUCCAAAGAUGGAACCACAUUUUCUUAAUACAUCUGAUUAUGAUCUCAUGGUUCAAAGUGGAGUGGCUUUUGCAAGGCAGUUUCAGAAGGAUGACCCUGUGCUAGACAAGGUGGAUGAGAAGAUCCUUAAGCGUGGGCAUGAUCGAGUUGCCCCAGGUGCAUGGUGCACUGGCCGGAGGACCUGGUGGAUUGAUCCUUGCUCUCAAUGGGGUGAUGUCAAUGUUGUGAAGCCAGGUCCUCAGGCUAAGAAAUUCAAGGAGACCAUUAAAAACCUUCUUGAUGAAUGGAACUCACAGAUGAAUCAGUGCAAAUGAAAAAUGCAUAUAUUAAAGGUUUAUUGUCUGAGACUAGGUGCAGUUUUUUUGGCAUCUGAAUUUUGUCAACCAGUUAGGAGAAUUAACAUCAAUAGACGUUGAUUCUUUGGUGUUUAGGUCCAUUUAUUGGGCUACUCCGCACGCAGGCUAUGAUAGUGUUUAUGGCAGUGGCAGAGUCGAAGGGAAACUAGUGAAUUCACUUGGAGGUUUUUCUGAAUGGUGUCCUGUCAUGGGGACUGGUAAACAGUUCGAAUCAAUAAGAGGACCUCCCUCUUUACCCUGCCCGCCACUGCACGCCCUUGUAUGUUCAUUCUGUUCUCAGUACUCUUAAAAAGUUGUAACAGACGCUCAUUCAUUAAAUUCUUAUUUGCAUCCUCUCUCUUCA